UCCUGCUACUGCGAGGUUAGUGCAACGGAAAACAUCUGAAAACCAAAAGAAGCGGGGGGAGGGAGAGAGAAACACCCCUCCUGGAGAUUCUCAGAUAAUACAGAGUUCAAGUGUAUUAGUUGUGUCAUUUCUCCUGCUUCUGAGAGCCGAAGAUGAGUAGCGGCAGCGGCAUGGAUGAGUUCAAAGGCUCGCCCUAUCGCCUCCACCGCAACGACGAUUUGGAGUCGGGAAACACUCGCGGCCAUUCCGACGACCACGGCGGCGGUGGCCCACUUGAUAUCUGCAUUUGUCGCCCGUUUGAUAUUGCCCGUACUAAGAGCGCCACGAUUGACAGUUUGAAACGAUGGAGGCAAGUUGCACUUGUCUUAAAUGCUUCUCGAAGGUUUCGGUAUACUUUAGACUUGAAAAAAGAAGAAGCAAAGAAGAAAUUACUAGCCAGGAUUAGAAAAGAUAUUGCAGUCCAACAGGCAAUUGUACUUUUUCAGCAAGGAGCCAUUGAACGGUUGCCAACAGAUCAACCUCUAGACACUAAACUUGAUGUCAGUGCAGGGGAGUUGGCAUCAAUGUCCAGAGAGCAUGAUUUCUCUGCUCUUCAGCAAUAUGGAGGGGUUGUAGGCGUGGCAGAAAAGUUGAAAUCAAAUUUAGAAAAAGGAGUACAUGGUGACGAAGCAGAUUUGUUAGAGCGAAAGAACAGAUAUGGAUCCAACACAUAUCCACGGAAGAAGGGACGGAAUUUUUGGAUGUUUCUUUGGGAUGCUUGUCAGGAUAAGACUUUGGUAAUUUUGAUGUUAGCUGCAGCUGCUUCUUUGGCUCUAGGCAUAAAGACAGAGGGUCUAAAAGAAGGAUGGUAUGAUGGUGGGAGCAUUGCUUUAGCAGUCAUCAUUGUCAUAAUUGUAACAGCUGUUAGUGACUACAAGCAAUCACUUCAGUUCCAAAGUCUGAAUGAAGAGAAGCAAAAUAUACAAAUAGAGGUGAUUCGAAAUGGGCGAAGAGUUCCAAUCUCAAUAUUUGAGAUUGUUGUCGGUGAUGUUGUACCUCUAAAAAUUGGUGAUCAGGUACCUGCUGAUGGACUUCUAAUCUCUGGACACUCUCUGGCACUUGAUGAAUCAAGCAUGACGGGAGAAAGCAAGAUUAUACAUAAAGAUUCAAAAACACCAUUUCUGAUGUCUGGAUGUAAAGUAGCGGAUGGCUAUGGGACCAUGCUGGUAAUAAGUGUUGGGAGAAAUACAGAAUGGGGAUUGCUGAUGGCUAGCAUUUCAGAGGAUAAUGGAGAAGAAACACCUCUUCAGGUCCGUUUAAAUGGAGUUGCAACAUUUAUUGGUAUUGCUGGGCUCAUGAUAGCUUUAGUUGUUCUGGUUGUCCUUAUGAUCAGAUUUUUCACUGGGCACACCAAAAAUCCAGAUGGUACUAUACAAUUUAAAGCUGGGAGGACUAGAGUUGGUGAUGCUGUAGAUGGGGCUAUAAAAAUCUUUACUGUUGCUGUUACCAUUGUAGUUGUGGCUGUGCCAGAAGGUCUUCCCUUAGCUGUCACUCUGACGCUUGCUUAUUCAAUGAGAAAAAUGAUGGCAGAUAAGGCUUUGGUUAGAAGACUAUCUGCUUGUGAAACCAUGGGUUCUGCAACUACCAUUUGCAGUGACAAAACUGGAACCUUAACAUUGAAUCAGAUGACUGUGGUUGAGGCCCACAUCUGUGGUGAAAGAGUUGACUUAACUGAUGCUAAAUCAAGAUUGCCUCCAAAUACCAUGUCUCUUCUCCUUGAAGGCAUUGCACUGAAUACAACUGGCAGUGUUUUCUUGCCCGAGGGUGGUCUAGUAGCUGAGAUCUCUGGAUCACCAACAGAAAAGGCCAUUCUCCAGUUUGGGAUUGAUCUUGGAUUGAAAUUUGAUGCUGUUCGAUCUGGAUCAUCAAUUAUCCAUGCUUUCCCAUUCAACUCGGAGAAAAAGCGAGGUGGUGUUGCAGUAAAAGUGCGAGAUUCUGAAGUUCACAUACACUGGAAAGGUGCUGCCGAGAUUGUGCUAUCUUGCUGUACUAGUUAUAUUGAUGCAAAUGAAAUGGUGGUGCCUAUGGAUGAAAAUAAGAUUAUGUCCUUCAAGAAGGCAAUUGAAGACAUGGCUGCAGAUAGUUUGCGUUGUGUGGCUAUUGCCUACAGGUCUUAUGAUGUGGGUAAACUUCCUGCCACCGAAGAGGAACUUAACCAGUGGGAAUUACCAGAGAGGGACCUGAUUUUACUUGCUAUCCUAGGGCUCAAGGAUCCCUGCAGACCAGGUGUAAAAGAUGCGGUGCAGUUAUGUACCAAUGCUGGUGUUAAGGUAAGGAUGGUGACUGGUGACAAUCUUCAGACUGCAAGAGCUAUAGCUCUGGAGUGUGGGAUACUUGCAUCUGAUGCUGAUGCUACUGAACCAAACCUGAUAGAAGGAAAUAGAUUUCGUGCCUUAUCUGAGUUUGAAAGGGAAGAGAUUGCAGAGAAGAUAUCAGUCAUGGGAAGGUCAUCUCCUAAUGAUAAACUCCUGCUUGUGAAAGCAUUGAGGAAGAAUAGACAUGUUGUAGCUGUAACUGGAGAUGGCACUAAUGACGCUCCUGCUCUGCAUGAGGCUGAUAUUGGUCUUGCUAUGGGUAUCCAAGGAACUGAGGUUGCUAAAGAGAGCUCUGACAUAAUCAUAUUGGAUGACAAUUUUGCUUCAGUUGUAAAGGUUGUUCGAUGGGGCAGAUCUGUGUAUGCUAAUAUCCAAAAAUUCAUACAGUUUCAGCUUACCGUAAAUGUUGCAGCUCUUAUAAUUAAUGUGGUGGCUGCAGUUUCUGCUGGUGAUGUUCCAUUGAAUGCUGUGCAGCUUCUUUGGGUAAAUCUCAUCAUGGACACUUUAGGAGCCCUUGCUCUGGCCACAGAGCCACCAACUGAUCAGCUAAUGUGCAGGCCUCCAGUUGGGCAAAGGGAACCACUUAUAACAAAUAUCAUGUGGAGAAACCUUAUAAUACAGGCUCUGUAUCAAGUGACUGUUCUUCUAGUUCUCAACUUCCAAGGUAAAAGUAUUCUGAGUUUGGAGCAUGACAACAGUGACCAUACUGUUAAAGUGAAGAAUACAUUGAUUUUCAACUCCUUUGUCCUUUGCCAAGUGUUUAAUGAAUUUAAUGCUCGAAAACCUGAGGAGAUCAAUAUUUUUGAAGGAGUACACAGAAACCGUUUAUUUGUGUCUAUAGUUGCCCUGACUUUGGUGCUUCAGGUUAUUAUAAUCAUGUUUCUUGGGAAAUUCACUUCAACUGUUAGACUUAGCUGGAAGUUAUGGCUUGUGUCUGUUGCUAUUGGCUUUAUCAGCUGGCCUCUUGCCAUAGUUGGGAAGCUUAUACCAGUUCCAAAGACACCAUUUGGUGAAAUCUUAGGCAAACAUUUCCAUCUGCGGAGGAAUGCAAGGGGGUGAACCAACGGUACACAAGCUAAAUGGCGACUAUAUUAUGUCAUUAAUUCCUGAUGUACAACACUGCUGACUAACAGCAUACCAGGAGUUCUAUAUUCUCAUCUGACUGCUGUUCUCAAAUUUCUCUGGAUUUUAGCUAUUUAGCAUCUCUUUGAACAUGCAAUUCACUAGCUAUUAUCAAGUUUACGGUUCCUCUUACUUUGGAUAUAUGUGAGGCUACAGUGUAAGUAAAAUCCAUGCAAGCUUUGCGUAGAAAGAUAAGCAAUUGCUACUGCGUAGCCUAGUUGAGAGCUAUGGGUGUUGUUUAAAGCCAUUUCAUUUAUGGACAUGUAAUGUAAUUGUGACUUGGUUUGUAACAUUUAUCAACACGUUUGUUAUUAAUGUCUUGUGAAAAUUUGGUCCUAAAA